AUGGCAACUCCGUCGAGUUCACGUGUUUGGGUUUAUCUUCGUAAAGGAGUUGAAAACAAACCACAAUUGGCGAAGUUUAUACAGAGACCAUCAUUCUGUCCAAUUCAUUGCAUCAAAUCAGAUCAGAUUAGUGCUGUAUCUGAGUCAGUCCUGCAGCGUGGAGUUGAUGUUGGUGUAGUUACGUUAUUGAGAACCAAGGAUAAGAGAACCCUACUUACGAGAAGAGCCCAACAUCUGAGAAUCUUCCCUGGUAUAUGGGUUCCUCCUGGUGGACAUGUAGAGCUAGGAGAAAGUUUAUUUGAAGCUGGUCUCAGAGAAUUACAUGAAGAAACUGGUCUCUCACUGAAUCCCAAGGAAUGCCCUGGCAAAAUAAUUUGUUUGUGGGAGUCUGUCUAUCCACCCUAUUUAUCCAGAGGUUUACCAACACGACAUCAUAUAAUUGUGUAUAUGAGCAUAAGUGUAGACCAAUGUCACGAUGACCUUGAUAAAAAUAUCCAUUUACAACGUAGUGAAGUAGAAGCAUCUGCAUGGCUGGAUGAGAUGACCGUUCAAGCUAUUGUCGCUACUGAUGAAGAAAGUGCAAUAGAAGCAAAGAAGUGCAAUUUACCAGAAAAUUUUCUGUGA